AUGAAACUAAAUGGGCUCAUCGAGCAGCAGGGAGUGAGAUUAGCCCCUGCGUCCCUGGGGAAACGUGAUGUGGACACGCACCCCCCGCACACAGGGCUGACCGCACCGACCCAGGCAGGCCGGCGGACUCCUCCCGGCUCAGCCGCCGCCAGCUGUGGACCCGGGCCGGACCCCUUCGUCUACAGACAGGUGAUUGGCCGAGCCACCGUUCGGGGGCGUGCCACGCAGCCCGACUGGAGCGGCGAUUGGCCAGGGCGCCCGCCCGUCCCGCUCCACCUGACACUUCCUGAUGGCAGGCCCCGGCUGCUGGGUGCGCGCCGCCCGCUCGAGACAGUGCGGCGCUUCGUCCUGCCGUGUCGAGCUGCUCGCGACGCUGAGGCGCGCUCCUGCUGUCUGUCCCGCGGGCCCCCCCCCGUCACGCGUGGGACUAACGCCGGGCCCGUGGGUACCGAGAAACGCCGCCCGUCCCCGCAGGGGGUGCGGGGGGGAGGGGGGCAGUCUGUUUUGAAGCCCCGUCGGAGCGUCCCUGUGGAGGAGUCGUCGUCGUCGGCGGCGAGGAGCGGCGGGUCCCCACGGCCGGCGAGACCAUUCUACCUCUGUAGGUCCUCCGCUGUGUUCCCUACACAUCUCUCUGUCCUGCAACAAGGAUCACAUACGCCUCAUCUUGCUGAGAGUGAAGCGCUGAUUUCGCCCUGCUGCUGUGCCCACAUUCACAUUCUGCUGCACAUCUGCCUGACGCUGCUGGAGCUGCCAAGCCAAGCCCUGCUGGGACGGCUGCAGCGGUGCCUGAGCCGAGCUCUGCUCAGCGCCGCCCCGUCUGCCGCAGGACGGCCCCUCCUUCGCAGGCGUCUGCUCCAGCUGCGCAGCUGCAUCCUGCACCCUCCCCACCUGCCCUGGACUUUGCCCCUCGGUCUGUCACUCCGUUCGGUCUGUUUGUCUCUGAACAACAUCGGCGCAGGGUUUGUGUUUGUACAUGUCUGGAGACAUCCGGCCACGUCUCUUAAUGAAUGCCAUAGUCUCAGUUUAUUAAUAAUGUAUUUUUUUUAUUCUAUUGGCAUGUCUUUUGAUUAGUUUCUUACAAAAUAAAAGAUGACACUGAUUUAUGAACUGGUUUCCAGGAAAUAACAAGUGUGGUUUGAGAGAAAUCCCAUCACUUCGAAACUCCUUUUACAUGGGGCAGUGGGCUUGUUUAUUUGACAUUCAAUUAAACCAGCAAUUUUAAAUAUUAAUUAAAAACAUACUAUAGCACAUUCGCAAUAAAUGCAGGCAGCUUAUCUGCUGACAAUAUAAGCUGGAAUGUUUUGUGGGGUCUGGGCAUUUCGUAGGGCUUCACAGUCAGACCGAAGCCCACGUUCCCAGCAGUGUGGGGACACAUUGUCCCUCCAUGGCCGCGUCGGGCACAGCAGCCGUUUUCCCACGAGCCUCCCGCCCCUGCGCUUCCAGCGGGAAGUAACGAGAUCAGCGGCAUCUGGAACUGGUGCCGGCGCCGUGUGCCUCCCACCUGUGUCGUUCCCGAUGGGAAUGCUGGCUCUGCGGGAGGCCUGGACGCCCCUCGGACAAGCUGGCGGCCCGGAGUGAGAGCUCAGGAGUGGCCCCUCCCUCCGCCUGUGCAGCCCGCGCUGUAGCCGGCUCUUAUCUGCUGCAGUCCUGCUGGAAGUGAUUGCUACAGCAGCAGCAGCUGGAAGGUGCUCAGCAGGGCUCCUUGGAGACGCACGAUUUCCCCUGGUCGCUGUUCACUAAAAUUGCCUUUUAUGCUGUAGUUUCAUGGUUCCCCUUCCUCUUCCACCUCCAGGCCCUUUCGCAAGGAAAGCAGUGAAGGAAUGAAUCUCUUACUUCACCAUGUCUUUAGAUUGUCAGCUGCUCAAGCGUUGGGGCGGGGGAUAAAAUACACUCGUUAAGCAUGUAAUUUAAUUAAUAACUCAAAUUAGCCAUGGACAGCUUCAGCCGAGGGGAAGACAAGUGGCCUGUAGCGCCGUGCUCCUGGCUCAUUGGUGCUGAGGGCACCAGCUGGGUCUUCUCCGUGGACUGGCAGGGUUCGAUCUCGACCGUCUCUGGGCAGGUGAGGGGGGCGAUUGUGUUGCUGUAAAAUUGAUUGUUGUAGCUAUUUCAGGAUACAUUUCUAUCCGACAUUAUUUAGUAAUUCUACUCAUAGGCGUACUCAUAGAAAUGUUCUUGGUAGUAGAAAUCGUAUUCCAGCCACCCAGCGACAGUCAGAACAAGAUCUGUGAGGAGAUGCCUUGGCAGUUACAGCAUCAGAACAGUUACAAGCAAGAGGCGAGGCCAGGCUUUGCAGUGCCUGUCUUGCAGCUGGUUCAUUUACCACUGAGUGUAAAAAAACAAAACCAUAGGGUGAAGAAUCACUGAGCUGCACUCCCAGGGUUUGGAAGUCAGCAUUGUCCUCGGGCACGAAGGUAAUGAUCGAGCCCCUUGUCUCACCUACGUGUCCUGACGCCAGUCGCACACGGCCCCACGCAAGCAGCAGCCAAGUCCUUUGUGUGGAUAGAGCCGCUGUUUGCAAGGGUUUGAGUCCUGUAGAGAGUCAGUCUCACCUUGCGCUCCGGGUCCUGUUACUGCUUUGUAAUACUCGCUGUGAAUAAUCAGAUUGGGGGAUCACUGACAAUCCUCUCCAGAGGAUAGCACUGAAUAGGAGGGAAGUUCUUCAUGACGAAACGUAUGAAAUAGGCCUAAGCAGGUUAAAUAAAGAUUUGGACCCAACCCAUUAAUCUGAAGCUUCAGUUCAUUAAUUUGAGUAGCAUUAAUUACUGGGUUGAUAAUUUUUUAAGCGGCAGUUAGCUCAAAAGAUUUGACCUAAUCCAGGCUUAAGGUCAAAAACCUCUGUGAAGCCGGUCUUUGGAUUUCAGUAUUUUAAAAAUGUUGGUUGCUCUUCAGUACAGCAAUCUAGAUACCCAUGACACUGAGGCAGAUACACUCAGGAGGCACUGUUGAGCCCCUGAUAUUGUAUUUAAUACCAAGUACAAAGCCUUUACAUUAGGAAUGACAGCCUAAUGAGGAUGGUUUAAAAGCA